AUGCCUUCGCCUUCGUUGAAGCGUGGUUUCCCCAGCUCUGGGUGGUCGCCCGAGCCUGCGCCCAAACGAAGACGCAGUUGCUCGUCUGACGCCUGCGAUCGGUGCAAGACAUCCAAGAUCAAGUGUGUCAAGACGGAGUCUGGCCGCUGUGAAAAGUGCAUCAAGCAUGACCAGACCUGCAUGGUUGUCCCGUCCGACGGACGGACAAACCAUGCGGUGAGCCGGAUGCUCGAACUCAAGGUCCAGCACUUCAAGAGCAUUUACAAAGACUAUUGCCUCCUUAUGCAAGUCUUUGGCAGCGACGCGUUCAAAUCCGAGCCCCGUCGGAGAUUGGCGCUGAGGAUACUCGAGGGUAUGGACCCCGGCCACGCAGCGGCAAAAUUCCGGGCACUGGGAGCCACAGACUCUACCAUAGAGUACCCUCGGUUCAUCCCGAUCAUGCCAGAAGAGGGCCGUACCACUCUUCUCGCCCGCAAGAAGAAGGAGGGAGAGUUCAGCCGUAAUACUUGGGAUGCCAUCUGCCGCCUUCAUAAAGCCCUGUUGUUGCUUAUCGGAUCUCGACUCAAAGAUGACCGCCGCCGGAUCUUCUCUCGCGUUCCACUUUAUUCAACCGGCUUUGACGCCCUGGCCAGGCCCGCCGGCCAAACACCACUGCCCGAAACUCUGGUCGCUCAUAUUCGUCAAUACGAACACGUAUUGGUCGAGAUCAAGGACCUCAGAUCACUGAUGGAGGCGCUGGAAUCCUAUGCUUCGGCCAUGGAACCAGUCCCACAUGCAGCAGAUCUUGCAGUGGUGCCCAUGGGGCCUAGCCUAGUGCCACAGGUGUCCGACCUCCAACAGCAACAGGGCGUAUCCCAGGCAUUACAAGGCCAGAAUCUCCUUCCCGCGCAGACCCUUCCAGAGGUCCCUGUCCCGGCGCCCGGUCCCUCCAACCGCGCGGUACCCCAGGAAGCCUCCCAGAUCGAGGUCGAUAUCUAUGACCACAACCCAUUCGACGGCACUGGGUACUUUGGGGAUGCCACCUGGAAGCCCAGCGAAGAGUGGGAAAGCUGGGUGGACUUCGACGCCCCCGGUCCUCAUUCAUUAUCACCCUAUUGGGGCCAGGCGGGUCCGUGGGCAGGGACUCGGGAGGCAUGA